AAUAUUAAAACAUAUUAUUCAAUGGUUAAUGACGGACUCUACAGAGGCAGAUAAAAAUACAGUAGAAAAGUAUGCACAUCUCUUAACAUAUGUUUCUAAAGCAUUUACUGAAAUGAUAAUAAGUGGAGAUGUGAGCAAAGAAGACUUGACAGAAAUAAAUGAACUUUUAGCAGUUGAGAGAGAACUAAGUGGAAAUUCUAAGCCUGUAGAAAACUUGACAAAGCUGCAAGAUGUUGUUAAACAUGCAACUAGCGAAGGAAGAAAUUCUGAAUUUAUUAUUCAAAAUAUUAAUAAUCUGAAUCAGUUUCUCACUGAAAAUAAAAACCUACUGAUGUAUGGUGAUGAUAUUAGAACCAGUUGGAUAAAAAACUUUAAGAAACGGGUUACUGAGGAGGACAAGACAAAAUUAUCUCUUCUUCAAAUCGAAUUAAAAAAUGAAUUAGCAAAGCCUGACAUAAAUGAAGAGAAGAAAGAACAGAUAGAAACCUAUUUGCUUCUGAUUGAAAAUAUUGUCAACUAUUACACAGUGGAGAGCAAAGCAGAUGUUGAAUUAAUUCGAAACCUAUCUCCGGAAACAGUAUUAACGAAGAUGGCAGAAACCUUUAAGAAUUUUCUUGAUAUUGAAACUGUGAAUGAGAGCUGGGGAGCAGAGUUAAUGAAAAACAAGCAAAAUAUUCUUGAUUUACAGACAAAAUUGGAAUCAUAUGUUUCUCAGAUUGAAGAAUCAGGAUCAUCUAAGGAUGUUAGAAAUAAAGAUAUUUUACUGAAGAUGAUUUAUCUUUUACAAUACGCAAUCAAAAAGAUUGAAAACCCUGAAAAGGAAACAACAGGAGAUGAUGCAGAUAUACUUAAUUAUUUCAUGAUGGCAUCAUCCAAAGCAAAAUCUGAGAAAAAAUCUACAUCAAUUGAUCAAGAACUUUUUAAUUUAUUAAGUCUGAAAGUUAUUAAAUUCAUCAAAGAACAUGGUGGCGAUACAAGUGCUAAGCUUUCGAGUGAAAUGUUCAAAGACCCCAAAGAAUUAUUGAAAAUAAAAAUGCAAUUAGAAGAGAAAAGGGAGAAGGUUCAGGACUCAUCUGAUAUGGUUAGCAUAAAGAAGAAUAAUGUUCUGGAAGAAGUUCUUUAUUAUAUAAACAUUCUUAUGAAAAGAACUUCUGAAACUAAAACUGCACUUCAUGAGUCCAAAACUGAGUUUAUAUCAUACCUAGAGGAAUUAAAACAACUUCUGCCUGGAAAAGGAUUUGAAUCUUUUACAGAAGAAUGGGUAACACAAGCUGUAAAUAAUGCCUCUCGAUUAUAUCAGCUAAAGGAAAUCCUGGACAAACAAAUUAAAAAGAAUACUGAAAAUGAUGAAGGCGGCUUGAAAACGGAGAAAAUGAAGCAGUUUUCAGAAUAUAUAUCAUGGUUAAUCUUUCAAGAAACAUAUACCAAUACAAAUGUUGAUGAGAAUAUCCCCAAAAGUAUGAACUCUACGGAAAUGGAAAAAGUCAUAACAAAGUUUAUUAUGGAAAAUUUUGAGCACUUGAAGGACUUUUUCGACCCUGACAAAAUUGUUGAAUUAGUGAAAAACCCUUUACUUCUUUUAAACAUCCUGAAUAAAAAUCUAUCCCAGAUGGAAAAAGGCAAUAACAGCAAAGAUGAUCCUGAGCAAAUGAAACUAACAGAGAUGCGUGAUCUAUUAUUAAGCAUAUUAGAACCUGAAGAUGAUAAAAAAAUUCCAACUAAUGAACUUAAGACAAAGGAUAAUGUGGAGGAAAUCAAGAAAAAUCUGAAAAAUUUAGUUGAAGAAUAUCCUGAAUAUCUUGAAAGUGGAAAAGAUUACUAUGAUGACAACUGGGUUGAUGCCGCUGCUGAAGAUCCUAAAUUGUUCCAGAAAAUGUGGGAUAAUAUUCAAUUAAAACUUAAAAAGGCAGGUAAUGAAAACAAGGCAGAGCUUGUUAAAGACAAAGUAACAUCAAUAUUGCAAUCAUACCAACAAUCAGCAGUAGAAGAUUCAGAUGCAAUGGAAAAAGAUGAAGUUGUAACUACUAAAAAUGAGGAAUUGGAGGAAAAUGAUGAUGACACUGAUGAUGAGGAUGAUGAUAUAAAUGGGGUUCCUAAUAAACCUACUGAGGGUGUGAGUGAUGACAGCACCGAAGAAAAUAUUACGAUGGUUAAUAAUGAAAUUGAGAAAAACAGUGAAAGUAAUGAUGAGAACAAGGAGGAUGUAGAUGUUGAUGAUAACGCUGACAGUAAUAAAGAAAAUAACAAGGAUGAAAUCGAAAGAGAUAAGCAGUAUGAAAAUAUUGAAAGUUUAUUGGAUUCAGCAUCAAAAGAUAAGAAUGAAAGUGCAACUGAAAUCAUAACUAGCAUUGUUACAACAGAUGUAGCUGAUAUCAGUGAAAAUGUAAAUGACAUUAAUGAAAAUUCUACAGAGAAUAUGUUUGAUUUAGAUUCAGAGGUUGAAAAAGAAAUUUCAGCUGACAACAAUACCAGUAUUACUACAACUGAUGAAAGUACUGAUGUAAGUACUACAGAGGGUUUACUUGAUUCAGAAUCAAAGGUUGAAAAAGAAAAUUCAAGUAAAGACAAUACCAGUAUUACUACAAGCAAUGAAAGUUCAGAUGUAAGUACAACCUCAGAGGGUUUGUUUGAUUCAAAUUCAAAGGUUGAAAAAGAAAGUUCAGCUAAAGACAAUACCAGUAUUACUUCAAGUGAUGUAAGCACUGAUAUAUAUGACACUUACAGAAGUUCUACAGAGGGUUUGCUUGAUCUAGAUUCAAAGAACAAAAGUACUAAGGAAGAAAGUUCAACUGAAGACACUACCAGCAUUGCUACAACUGAUUUAAGUGAUAAUGAUAACUUUAAAUCUGAUGCUUAUACAAGUUCUACAACGAAGUUGCCUGAUUCAGAAGAAAAGAACAAAAGUUCAACCAAAAACAAAACCAGUAUCACUACAACUGCUGAAAGCACUCAAGGAAGUACCACAGCAGGUUUGUUUGAUUUAGAUUCAAAGGUAGAAAAAGAAAGUUUAACUGAAGACAAUACCACUUAUACUACAAGCGAUGAAAGUACUGAUGUAAGAACAACAGAGGGUUUCCUUGAUUCGAAAUCAAAGGUUGAAAAAGAAAGUUUAACUGAAGACAAUACCACUAUUACUACAAGCAAUGAAAGUACUGAUGUAAGUACAACAGAGGGUUUACUUGAUUCAGAAUUAAAGGUUGAAAAAGAAAGUUCAACUGAAGACAAUACCACAAUUACUACAUCUGCUGAAAGCAAUGAUGUAAGUACAACAGAGGCUUUGCUUGAUUCGAAAUCAAAGGUUGAAAAAGAAAGUUUAACUGAAGACAAUACCACUUUUACUACAAGCAAUGAAAGUACUGAUGUAAGUACAACAGAGGGUUUGCUUGAUUCAGAAUCCAAGGUUGAAAAAGAAAGUUCAACUGAAAACAAUACCGCAAUUACUACAACUGCUGAAAGCAAUGAUGUCAGUACAACAGAGGGUUUGCUUGAUUCAAAAUCAAAGGUUGAAAAAGAAAGUUUAACUAAAGACAAUACCACUAUUACUACAAGCAAUGAAAGUACUGACGUAAGUACAACAGAGGGUUUACUUGAUUCAGAAUCAAAGGUUAAAAAAGAAAGUUUAACUGAAUACAAUACCACUAUUAAUACAACUGCUGAAAGCACCGAAGGAAGUACUACAGAGGGUUUGCUUGAUUCAGAAUCAAAAGUUGAAAAAGAAAGUUCAACUGAAGACAAUACAAGUAUUAAUCCAACUGAUAGAAGUGAUAGUGAUGCACAUAUGUAUGAUGCUUUCAAAAGUUCAACAAAGGGGUUGCUUGAUUCAGAAGCAAAGAACAAAAGUGUUACCGAAGACAAUACUAGUAUUCUUACAACUGAUGCAAGUGAUAGUGAAGUGAUAGUAAGUGAAGAUAUAUAUGACGUUUACACUAUACCUGAUGAAAGCACUGAUGUAAGUACAACAGAGGGUUUUCUUGAUUCAAAAUCAAAGGUUGAAAAAGAAAGUUUAACUGAAGACAAUACCACUUUUAUUAAAAACAAUAAAACUACUGAUGUAAGUACAACAGAGGGUUUUCUUGAUUCAAAAUCAAAGGUUGAAAAAGAAAGUUUAACUGAAUACAAUACCACUAUCACUACAAGCGAUGAAAGUACUGAUGUAAGUACAACAGAGGGUUUGCUUGAUUCAGAAUCAAAAGUUAAAAAAGAAAAUUUAACCAAAGACAACACUAGUAUUACUACAACUGCUGAGAACACUGAAGAAAGUACUACAGUGGAUUUGCUUGAUUCAGAAUCAAAGGUUAAAAAAGAAAGUUCAACUGAAGACAACACCAGUAUUAACCCAACUGUUGGAAGUGAUACUGAUGAACAUAUACAGGAUGCUUUUAGAAGCAAAGAUUCAAAAGCAAAGAACAAAAGGGUUACUGAAGACAGUACUAGCAUUUUUACAACUGAUGUAAGUGAGAGUGAUGAAGAUAUAUACGAUGUAUACACUACAUCUGAUGAAAGUACUAAUGUAAGUACAACAGAGGGUUUUCUUGAUUCAGAAUCAAAAGUUGGAAAAGAAAGUUUAACUGUAGACAAUACCACUAUUACUACGACUGCUGAAAGUACUGAUGUAAGUACAACAGAGGGUUUGCUUGAUUCAAAAUCAAAGGAUAAAAAAGAAAGUACUACUAUCAAUAAUACUAUUGCAGAAGAAGACACAGAAGUAAAUAUAAGUAGUCUUUUUAGAAGUAGAAACAUUUCAAAAACAGAAGAAAAUGAAGAAAAUGACGACAUUCCUGAAAGUCAGAAAGAACUUCAAACUUCUGAAAAUGAGGCAAUAGAAAAUAGUGGUGAGGACAUUGAUGAAGAUAAUGAUGAUGACACCAAUGGGGUUGGUAAUGAGCCUCCUGAAGAUGGUAGUGAGGAGAGUACUGAUGAAUAUUUCACAUUAGAUAUUAAUGAAAGUUCAAUAAAAAAAUUAGAACUACAGAGAGAGAGAAAAAAUUCCAUGAAGGAUGAUAAUAUUGAACUUAACAAGGACACCACUGAGAAUUAUAAAUUAAGCAAAGAAACAACAACAGACUACAGAAAAUUAAAGGAGACAAGUGAUAACAACACUGAUAUUAAAUUUGAAGAAAUUUCUUAUUAUGGAGAUUCAUAUAAAGCUGAAUUUGAGAAGGAAAAAGAUCAAGAUGACACUGAGAAAAAAAAUGUUAAAAAACAAAACAAUACAAAUAAUUCAGAGAAGUACAAUAACUUAAACAAGGAAACUUUAAUUGAAAGCGAUUCAUUGACAGACGAAGAGCUUCAAAGUUUGACAGAUGGUAUUUCAGAAUCAACCAAAGAUGAUGAUAUUAGUGAAGAUUUUUAUCCUUCAGAGAAUGAAGAAGUUGUUGAAGAAGUGAUGGAAGUUUUUACUGAAGAUAAUCAAGAAGUUGGAGACAUAGCGCAGAUAAAUCUUGAUAAAAUCUAUGAAGAUGAAUCACAAGCAGAAGAAGAAGCAUCAAGAAUUGAUGAAAGUUAUUACAAAAACAAGAUUUCAGAAAAAAAUGUCAAAACUGAAAAUGAUAAAAAUGAAAUAAGUCAUAAGUCAAGAGCAAACAAAAUAGACGAAAGAGCUGGAAAAAAUGAAACUGACCAGAAAGAAGAGGUUCAACCAACCAAAAGGGGUUCCAUUAGAGAAAAUCAAAAUUCAAGCUUUGAAUUUUAUAACCACAAAAACAUUGAAAAAGCAUUGUUAGAUAAUGAUAAUGCCCCAGAUUCAUUUCAAAACAAGACUAACUCAUACAGCAUGAUGCAGUAUUAUGAAAAUUAUGAAACCAAAAAAGAACAAGAAUAUUCAGGAGCUAUCGAUGCUUCAAAAGCACCUGAGAUUAAAACGACAACACCAGAGUAUGAUGAUGAUGUUUUAGGAAAGCCAAAUCGAAAAAGUACAUUACCUUCAAGUUCUACAGAAAGAACUCUGAUACAUAAAAAUCAGAACUCAGUAAGAAAUUCUGAAAUACCUUUAAUUGGUUUUAACAGCUUUAGUUUUAACACCCAUGUUAACAAGAGUAAUAUCAAAACAACUACAGAAAACUUAGGAGAAGAUUAUAAACAAAAAAGAUAUGAAUAUGAAGAAGAAGGGUUUUAUGGAGAUGAUGCUUAUGAAACAUAUGAUCUUGAUAAAUCAAUUGGUGAUGGUGGAACAAAUGAUAAAGGGGAUAUUUAUGAAACAAGUAAUAGUUAUGAAAUAAAUGAGGAUAGUAGUGUAUAUGAAGAAGAAGAGGCUUCUGAUACAAAUGAAGUUUAUGGUUAUGAGGAUAAAACAGUAAAAGCAUAUGAUGAUAGAAGUGAAACAGAAGGGGACAAUUUAGAGGGGGAAAAUGACAAUGAAGAAUAUGGUUAUGAGGAUGAAACAGCAAAAGCAUAUGAUGAUAGAAGUGAAACAGAGGGAGACAAUUUAGAGGGGGAAAAUGACAAUGACAAGAUCCCAAACUUUAGAGAUGAAUCAAUUUCUAAUGAUAACGAUUUAAUUGAAGAUACUUAUAACCAAGACAAUUUUGAAGCAGAAGAAGACAAUUCUGAGACCAGUUUCAGACCAUUAGAACAAUUUGUUCCAACAACCACUGAAUUGGAGGAAUUUGACUAUGCAAAUGAUGGUCUCACAACAACUGCAAAAGAAACCAACAUUAUUUUGACUAGAAACUCAGUCAGUGGAUUGGAGAAUUUUGAUUUAAAGACAACAAAUAUACAGCAAGAACCAACCUCAACUGAAACUUCUGAGUUGGGCCCGAGAAAAUCAAAUUUAACUACGCUUGGAUUUGAAAGCUCUAACUUUAAACAAACAGCUGAAGUUUUCACAUCAACAAUGCCAGAAACGUCUACUGAACUAUCUGAUAUUGCUCCAAAGAAAUCAAAUCUAACCACACCUAAAGAAAUGAAUGGUACAACCACAACAACAACUGAAAUUUCAAAUAUUAAGCCAGGAAAAUCUAAAUUAACCACCACACGUGCACCGGUAGGAGAAACCACUGCAUCAAUUCCCAUAACUGAUGUGGGAAAAUCUACAGUUACAUCAACAAUUACAGAUGUUUUACAAAUGGUCACCUCAAAUUCUAAUGAAGAACAAGACAACAGAAAAAAAACAAUUUCUCAAAUGAUUAAAUUUCUUGAAAAUAUGCUAUCCUGUAAAGGGAAAAGGAAUUGUAAAGCUUGUCCAAAAUGCCAGGAAAAGAAGGAAGAUGACUGCCUGAGUGUUGCAAAAUGCGAACCAGGAAGCAGACGACUUCAAUAUCUAUCUCUAAAUUGGAGGGUUUACGAAGAGCUAAGUGAGACUGGAGUUUGGGAGGUGAAAAACUGCCCUGCACAAUCUAUAUUCUGGAAUAAGUAUCAAUGUUGUGUAAAUAUUAAGGUCCAUCCCUGUUCAGCAAACUGUAUCAAUGCAAAUACUAUCGAAUAAAAAUAUUUUCAAACCUUCA